UGAACGCCAGUGGCACUGCUAACACAGCAUCGCUCCACAUUCCAGGAGCGCUCUCAGUUUUAGAGCGCGAUUUCUGCGAACUUUCAAUUUGCGUGCGCGCUACCGACGGUCGCCGAUUUCAAAUUUUCGAAUUCAUUUUUCCACUGCUUCCAGUUGAUUGAAAAGUUCACUGAAAGUCCCAAAAAAAGUGAUUUGAAGUGAAGUUCUGACUUUCAAAGGAGUUCUAAUUAGUUUUGUUAUGAACACCGGCAUCCUCCCUUCGCUUCCAGACCCCUAAAGCGUGCAACCAUCUAGAGGAUAAACCUUUCGCGGCAGAUUAGUAACAACACAAUAUAAGGGAAGAAUUAGUUCAUAAGGGAUUCAGAUAUCUGUUGCAGUGGCCACAAAUAACAUGUGUUGACGGAUGGAUAUAUACCAAGGGAUACUAAUUAAUUAGAAAGUCAUCCCGAAAAUGAUUCACUGCGUGAAAAAAGCCUUCCCGACGCUACUCGUUUUGUAUGAAAUAAUCAUGUGCUCUAAAGCCGCAGAAUCGAUUCAAGCAGACAUUCCAACAGCACCGCCCGAAAUGGGAUCAACUUUAAGUAUGGAAGUGACAACAAUAACAGCCACAAGUACCCAGGAACAAUAUCAACAACCACCACCAACUCCUAACCCAGUCAGGCAUGACACCAAAAUUGAACUUGGAGCGACGAAUAUUACUAAAUAUCACCAUAAUUUUGGGCAUCUAAAUAGGAGCAAACCACAUUUUCCAAUGCCAGGCUCUCGAUUCGCCGGGCCUUUUUUUGAAGAAGGAUCGGAAGUGACUAAUGUCACUGCUCGAGUUGGAUCAACCAUAAAUCUUGAAUGUCGUAUAGGACUUCUUGGCGACAAAACUGUGACAUGGACACAAAGACGAAAUGAGAACAUCAACAUUCUGACUGUGGGACGGAACACCCAUAGCAAAGAUGAAAGAUUUCAUUUGGCAUUUAGAUAUCCGAAUAAUUACAGACUUCAGAUUUCUUAUGUUACAAGGCGAGAUGAGGGAAUGUAUGAAUGCCAAGUGGCCACGCACCCGCCGAAAGUCAAAAAGACAUUUUUGGAAAUCAGUGCUCCCGAAGUGAAAAUAGUGGAUGAAUCCAUAAGGGAAGUGCACGAAAGGUAUUAUUACGAAGGCAGCUCGCUGCUUUUGACCUGUUUGGCCACAAGUGUCGGCUUUUCUGAAAACGAACCGGAUACAGAUAUAAUAAGCUGGAAACAUGGCGAGAACCUCUUAAGCGAGGGAAGCAGAUUGAAUGUAACAGCGGAAACAAGUUCAGCAGUGUCCACGCUAACCAUAACGCCAUUAGAAAAGAUUCAUUCAGGAAACUAUACAUGCUCUGUUGGAAAUCUCGCUGAAACGACCGUCGCUGUGCACGUAUUGAAUGGUGAAUUGCCGGCGGCCGUUCAAACAGCAGGUGUCCAUUUCAAGUCAUCAAAUUCAUUUCUUCUUCUAGUGAUAGCGACUUUGUGGUCUUUGCUCAGGUGAUUGGAAAUCUAAACAGUGAUAGUUUUUAGAUAGUGUAACGUGGCAAAAUUGGGUGAUUUAGGAUUGAUAGUUACGAUAUAGCAAAGUGCUAUUGCAUCGAAAAAGUGAUACCAUAUCAAAAGAUGAUGUGCAUGGACCAAUGAAAUCAAGACUGUCGUAGAUUAACAAGAAGUGAUAUGAAUUUUUUCAACUUAUAACAGGACAUACUAAAUACAGAAACUGGAUGGCAUUUGUAAGAAACUCACUCUAAAGCGUGUGUAUUUUUUAUUCCAAAAACUGAAAAUAACUUAUGGCUAUUAGCAGUAUUUUCUAUACAGAUUGGAAAUCAUACUGAAAGAAAUAGUUCGUUUUGAAAUCAAAUAACGUUCAGCAAAAGACUGAAAAUUUUGCCAACUCAACGAGCGAAAUUUGGCAACAAAUUUCAGGAGAUGACGAAGAUAUGCAUAAAAUCAUCUAUCCCAACCCACACGACUCAUUACAUUUUGUUGGCCAUUUUCAUCGAUACUAGAUACAUACUUUAUCGCAUAAGCAUUAUUAUCAACUUCCAUACGAGUAGCGAAUAUUUUUAUAAACUAAAUAUUUUUUGUGUAAAUGCUUAACAACUCUACAUACUACCAACAUAUAUCCAGAAAAAUCUUUAAUGGUUUAGGUAUACAUAUAUAUCUACUGAGCUUGUAAACGUAAGUUAUAAAUGUAAAUCUUGAUUUUCAAAUUGGACAUGCAGCAGAAAUAUAUGAAUAGAGAGAUAUACUGUACAUAGAAAAAUAGGAAAUGGUUCAAUAUUUGAUUCUAACCUUCCACAGAAUACUGUUAAAAUAGAACGCAGAGAGAGGUCGAUUCUUGUAUAUGGUGCGUAUAUAUUUUAUUGUUGAAAAUUAAGUAUGUGUUUAUAAAUUUUACAAUGUCUUUUCGUAAAUAUAUUUACUGAAUGUACAAAUACCGAAUACUGUAACUGAAUGUUCCGUAGAAUUUUUUAAAGGAAACUGAAAAAGGAAAAAUAGUAUUUAGAUUUCUGACACCAACCCUAACAAAGAGUUUUAUUAAGGUUGAUUUUUUAUAUCAAACUCAAUAUUUUCUGCGUUUCACAGGUCAUAAUUUCUUAUGAAAUUUACAUAUUUUUCGUAUUUCCCCGUGCUGGGGUAGUCCAAUUAAAGAGCUGAAGGCUAUUUAAUACUACUCCAGAAUUUUAUUGUUUUUAAGGCAGUUUCUACGAACUCGGCAAAAAUAAUGAUUAUUAUUCUAGAUAUAUUGACUAAAAUCAAUAUUCAAACCGAAAACCUUCAAUAUUGCUUACGAUUGUAUCGAAAAUACCAUUAAAUGUCGUCUAGAGCCAUAUUUUUUAUUAUUUGAUAUAAAAGAAAAACCCCGAAAAUAUUGAGUUUUUAAAUAGACCUUAUCGUUCCUUUUCCGAACUGUUCCAAUCCCUCGGUUCGUCAUCCUUAUUUUGUAAUAAUUGAAUUUAAGAACUGGAAUUGAAAGUUUUUAAUACCACAUAUACCUAAGUGUAAAACAUAAAAAGCUAGAUUUUACAACUCUCAGUGUCAGUAAUCCCAUCUCUGUGUAAAUAAUUAACAAAGCAUAAUUAUAUACAUACACAAUAUUUAUGUAUCUAUUAUACGUCCUAGAAGGAUACUUAGUAUAUUUAGUACAUUUGUGUGUUUAUGAUACAUGACCAAGGUGCAGAUAUUCAUUUUGCGCCUACUUUCUGUAAAUAACUCUAUAUAGGUAACUGGUUUGCUAGAUAUAUUACAAUAUAUGUAACAAAUAAACGAGUUAAUUAUUAAAACUUUAAAUAAAAAAUUGUUAAUCAGGA